GCGGCCGCGAGUGGCCAUGAUUCUCGCGGCGAUCUUCAAAAUCUGCGUCGUCUGCGUCGCGACGUUGUUGCACUCAACAACAACAACUCGACCCUUGGCUGGCAGAUCGUGGCAGGGGACAUCGCGGAACAGCACAGGUGCCAAUUUUCGCCUGCCAACGUGGAGGAGAUUGUUCCCGCCUUUGCAGGUGCAAGAAGCGACUACCACCGCCGCGACCGCCAAAUCACGACCCCGACGCCAUACCCUGAAUUCAUGAAUUUGAUCGGCGAGUGGAACUACGCUUAUGGUAAAGGAGCCAAGGACGCCGAAAUCAUCCCAAGUCACGACACUCGCGGCGCGCCCCGCUCCCCUCGAGAAUUGCCUGGCGGGCUUCGGCCUGCGCGACGGCGGCCCGUCCACUCCCCCCUCCGCCCCCACGAGCGCCAGCCAGCCCUGGGCCCCGUCACACCUUCCCCCGGCCGAUCUUCAUUUCUUGAAUCACCCCAAGUUUCGUGACCGGCUGACGGGUGUGUGCUGGGCUGGCUGUCAAAGGCACGAUGCCCAAUCUUCCAAGCGAGAAGUCGGGCCCCCUCGGUCCCUGUGUCUGGCUGGGAUGGCUGGCGGCUGCCAAUAUUCCGCCGCCUCCCAACAAUUCCCACGCAGUGUACGUGGCGCCCAUCGGCCGUUUUUGCCAAUAGGGAGCGUCAGCAGUAGUACAACGACUCCGGGCACCAGUCAAAGAUAUUUAGGCACGUGGAUGGCUUCAUGGAGUACGCGGCCGAGGCGUUUCAAAAGCAGUAAGAAGAUGGUGCUUGGUCUCCUUACUCCUUUGUUUCCCACCGCUGGCAAGGCACAGGACUUUGUCCCAGACCUCGGGCAAGUCAGCUCUCGAGAUGUUCAGCAACACAUUCGCCGGCUCGGCACUGCCAUCAUGAUGCGCGUCAUGGAGAGAAAAGAGACCCCAGGCCUCCGGGCCGCCCUGUUCUGUCCCUGGGACAGGCAUCAGUUCAUCAAAAACAGCUGGAAGAAGUACGAUUGGCGUCUGAUGCUCUGGAAGGGCAAUUUUAUCAAAGCCGUGAGGCGUGGGCGGCCAAGGAAAAGGUCGUCAUCCGUGGUGGUUACUCUGGAGGCUCCUUCCUGGUGACCAAGGACCGAUAAAUUGACCCAGUGGAGAUGUGCGCGGGUUGGCUGCUGCGUACGGUCACGGCCACAAAGGGGACGAUUCCCGGCGACGAGGAAGAGGAAGACUGGGAGUGGGAGGAGGUUUGCUCUUUUACGAAGAUGAAAAACUAGGAACCUCUGGAGGAGACAAAAGAGGGGCAGAUGCAGGUGGACAAAGACAUGUAAUUUGCCUUGCUUGACUAGGUCAUGGAUGGGUAUCUUGAUUAGACAUGGGCUACGGUCUCUUUAUUGACAAUCGCUUAUUGAGGAC